GGAUAUGAGAUCAACAUUGUUUCCGGGAAGAAUGAUAUGGACAGUGAUGACAGAUUAGAGCUGAGCUUCCGGGUAACACGACAGAAGUGUAGACUGAUGCUUGUAGGAAGACGAGCUGUUUCGGCUGGAGUGGUUCUGUUUGCAGCGUUGGCCUUCAUGAUCGUCUUGGCAGUGAUGCCCACAGGUUUAUAUCAGGAUAACAAUCAUUCACAAAUGAAAUGUAUCAAACCACAAGCAUAG